GGUGUUUAUGCGUGUGAGCUUGACGCAGGCGCAGAGCGUCAUUUUAGCUGCAGCAGCGUCUGAAGCGACUGCAACAAAAGAAGUGACAGAACAAGACAGAAACCUUUCAUUUUCUCACCGGAAACAACAACAAGACUGAAAACAUGAUUGAGAAAUCCAACAGCCAAUACGACUCCUUCCUCUUCUGGAGGCAGCCAAUCCCAGCCCCUGACCUGUCGGAGCUGGAGGACCUGGGCGGGACCGACGCUCAGCCGGCCAAUAGCAUCAAAGGAAAAGACAAGCGGAGCCAGAAAGAGGCGGACGAGAUGACCCAGUUCUCCUCCUUUAAUUACUGGCGAGCUCCGAUCGCCGACGUGGACGCUCUGCUCGCCGACCUCAACCUGCUGCUCUGAAACGCACCGCGCCGUCUGCCUGACCCCUGACC